AUGUCGUACAUGUCGCCGAGGGACGUCGUCGGCGUCCGUGCCGCCGGCAGCAUCAGCCUGUCGCCCGGCAGUUGUAUGGAAGCUCUCAGCGAGAGUUCGGGGUCGAGCGCGACAGCCGCGGCGGGCGGAUCCGUCACCGUGUCCGAUUUCCUGCAGACCAAGCGCAGCCUGUCGUUCUCGUCCGAACAGGUGUCGUGCAUGUGCGAGGCCCUCCAGCAGUCCGGUGACGUGGACAGGCUGGCCAGGUUCCUGUGGUACCUGCCACCGAGUGAACUGCUCCGUGGUCAAGAGACCGUCCUCCGGGCCAGGGCCCUAGUGGCGUUUCACAGGAACGCAUUCCACGAGCUGUAUGCCAUACUGGAGAGCCAGAGCUUCGACUCGAGGCACCACUUGCAGCUACAGCAGUUGUGGUUCAAAGCUCACUAUCUGGAAGCGGAAAAGAUCCGGGGCCGAUCGCUAGGCGCGGUGGACAAGUAUCGGCUGCGCAAGAAAUACCCUCUACCGAAGACCAUAUGGGAUGGCGAGGAGACUGUGUACUGUUUCAAAGAGAAGUCGAGGAACGCGCUGAAGGACUGUUACCUGAAGAAUAGGUAUCCAACACCUGACGAAAAACGCGAGCUGGCUAGGCGAACGGGCCUGACGCUCACGCAAGUCAGCAACUGGUUCAAGAACCGAAGGCAGCGUGACAGGACGCCCCAGCAGCACAGGUCAGUUGUAACUUGUAAUAGUUGUUUAGUUAAUAGUAAGUUGGUCGUUAAGCUGCAUUGUCAGCUGAUGCAUCCAAUUAAUCACUUAUAA